AGAAAGAUUUUGUGUGGAGAGAGUAGUAGUAUUACACCACACACGUGCUUCAUUUUUAGUGAUAUAAAAUUGAGUGGUUUUUCAAGAGAAUGUCAUAUAAAUGCAAAAAUACAUUAGGGAAUAAUGACUAAAGCAAUUGAUUUUACACUGAAAAUAUCAGCUGUUGUUGGUACAAGUUUGGCUAGUUGGUGUGCGGGGCAGUAUUAUGAACGUUGUCAACAAGUGAAAGAUGAAAAAAACAAUAUAUACAACAUUUUUAAUCUCAAACGAAUGCCCGGUUUACCAAUUUUCGGAACUGUUUCGGCAGCAUCGCCCAUUGUUCCCAAUGAUAAUCAGAUAGAUAUGGGGAAUAAAUUGUCAUCAACAACUUCAAGAAUUUCACAGAUUAUGAAGUAUGGAUUUCCAGGAUUUGAUACUGUAAGAUCAUUUGAUGACUAUGUUUUGUCAUAUGACAGGAGAAAUAGAAUAGCUCAUUGGGUCUUUGAACACCUCACUCGUGACGGAUUGUACUCUGAGAACAAGAGCAAGGUUGACAGGUCAAAAUGUGAAUUCAAACCUGAUGAGAGUAUUCAUCCGUAUUUCAGAUCGUUGAAUAGUGAUUACAAAGGCAGUGGCUUCGAUCGUGGUCAUUUAGCAGCCGCUGGAAAUCAUAAACUUUGCCAGAAUCAUAUGGAACAGACUUUCUUUUUAUCCAAUAUGGCACCACAAGUAGGUGUUGGAUUUAACAGGGAUUCGUGGAAUAGAUUGGAAAAGUAUGUGAGAAAAUUGACAAAAGUAUACACCGAUGUCUACGUUUGUACAGGCCCCCUUUAUCUCCCAAAGAAAGAAGGUGAUGGGAAAAAGUAUGUGAGGUAUCAAGUCAUUGGUGCCAAUCACGUAGCAGUACCCACUCACUUUUAUAAAGUUAUCGUUGGACAAACAAAUGAUUUAAAAUUUGAAAUGGAGGCUUAUGUUAUGCCUAAUGGACCGAUUGAUGAUAAUACACCUUUGACGAGUUUCCAAGUUCCACCAGAAAGCGUUGAACGCGCCGCAGGACUACUAUUCUUCGACAAGCUGUCUCGCGAUAAAUUGACUAAAAUCAAUGGAAAAAAAGUAUGAUACCGAAUAUAUGUAAAAAAAAAAUAGAAAUUGUAUUCGUAUUAUUAUUAUUUAUUGUUGUUAUUAUAUUGGCAUUAUUUGAAUGGUAAAAAAAAUGACAAAUAAAGAUGACUUUUCAGACGUUCA